CUGCCACGUCGUGGUUUGAAGGAGCCAAUGGGCCCGCGCCGCCAGGUGUCUCUUACCUGCACCACGUGGGGGAGGGGAAGGGGCGGGCAGGUAGAGCCACAUCCCAAAACAGAAAAGCUUUCAGCCAUUGCGCGCCUCCCGGGGGUGCAGCCCUGCUCCUGGCUUGGCCGAGGCGCACGGGCAAUUGAAUACAAAAAGGCCAGGCCUCUUCGCCCUCCUUCCCACCCCCCUUCCUGCCCUGGGCGUGGAGCACCGGCCGGGCCAGGUGUUGGCUGGGGUGGUUGGUUACCGCCUUUUGCACCGGCGGCUGCGAGGAGGGGGGUGGGCGCUCUUUCUUUUUCUCUAAGAAGAGGGGAAUUUUUUUUUUCAAGCCCAGGUUUUCUCGUUUUCGCCUCACCUCCUCCCGACCCCCCUUCUCCCCCUCCCCACCUAUCGUCAUGACGGCGUCUCCGGAUUACUUGGUGGUGCUUUUUGGGAUCACUGCGGGGGCCACCGGGGCCAAGUUGGGUUCGGAUGAGAAGGAGCUGAUCCUGCUGUUAUGGAAAGUCGUGGAUCUGGCGAACAAGAAGGUGGGACAGUUGCACGAAGUACUAGUUAGACCGGAUCAGUUGGAACUGACGGAGGAUUGUAAAGAAGAAACUAAAAUAGACGCCGAAAGCCUGGCCUCCGCGCCGCAGCUGGACCAAGCCCUCCGACAGUUUAACCAGUCAGUGAGCAAUGAACUGAAUAUUGGGGUAGGAACUUCCUUCUGUCUCUGUACUGAUGGACAACUUCAUGUCAGGCAAAUCCUGCACCCUGAGGCUUCCAAGAAGAAUGUAUUACUACCUGAAUGCUUCUAUUCCUUCUUUGAUCUUCGAAAAGAAUUCAAGAAAUGUUGCCCUGGCUCACCAGAUAUCGACAAACUGGAUGUUGCAGCAAUGACAGAGUGUUUAAACUUUGAGAAGAAUAGUUCAGUCUCCCCAUAUGGAGCCUCUCAAGUUGAAGAUAUGGGAAAUAUAAUUUUAGCAAUGAUUUCAGAGCCUUAUAAUCACAGAUUUUCAGACCCAGAGAGAGUAAACUACAAAUUUGAAAGUGGCACUUGCAGCAAGAUGGAACUUAUUGAUGAUAACACUGUAGUCAGGGCACGAGGCUUACCCUGGCAGUCUUCAGAUCAAGAUAUUGCAAGAUUCUUCAAAGGACUGAAUAUUGCCAAGGGAGGUGCAGCACUUUGUCUAAAUGCUCAAGGCCGGAGGAAUGGAGAAGCUCUGGUUAGGUUUGUGAGUGAGGAGCACAGAGACCUAGCACUGCAGAGGCACAAACAUCACAUGGGGAGCCGGUACAUUGAGGUUUACAAAGCCACAGGUGAAGAUUUUCUUAAAAUUGCUGGUGGAACAUCCAAUGAGGUUGCCCAGUUUCUCUCUAAGGAAAAUCAAGUGAUUGUCCGGAUGAGGGGGCUGCCUUUCACGGCCACAGCGGAGGAAGUGGUGGCCUUCUUCGGACAGCAUUGCCCCAUCACUGGAGGAAAGGAAGGCAUCCUUUUUGUCACCUACCCAGAUGGGCGGCCCACAGGUGAUGCUUUUGUGCUCUUUGCCUGUGAGGAGUAUGCGCAGAAUGCAUUGAGGAAGCACAAGGAGUUGCUGGGUAAAAGAUACAUUGAGCUUUUCAGGAGCACCGCAGCUGAAGUUCAGCAGGUGCUGAAUCGAUUCUCCUCUGCCCCUCUCAUCCCACUUCCAACCCCUCCGAUUAUUCCGGUACUACCUCAACAAUUUGUGCACCCUACCAAUGUUAGAGACUGUAUACGCCUUCGAGGUCUUCCCUAUGCGGCCACAAUAGAGGACAUCCUGGAGUUCCUGGGGGAGUUUUCCACAGAUAUUCGUACCCAUGGGGUUCACAUGGUAUUGAAUCACCAGGGCCGCCCAUCAGGAGAUGCCUUUAUCCAGAUGAAGUCUGCGGACAGAGCAUUUAUGGCUGCGCAAAAGUGUCAUAAAAAAACCAUGAAGGACAGAUAUGUUGAAGUCUUUCAGUGUUCAGCUGAGGAGAUGAACUUUGUGUUAAUGGGGGGCACUUUAAAUCGAAAUGGCUUAUCCCCACCGCCAUGUAAGUUACCAUGCCUGUCUCCUCCAUCCUACACAUUCCCAGCUCCAGCAGCAGUGAUUCCUACAGAAGCUGCCAUUUAUCAACCCUCUGUGCUUUUGAAUCCACGAGCAUUGCAGCCCUCCACAGCCUACUACCCAGCAGGCACUCAGCUCUUCAUGAACUACACAGCAUACUAUCCCAGCCCCCCAGGUUCGCCUAAUAGUCUUGGCUACUUCCCUACAGCUGCUAAUCUUAGCGGUGUUCCUCCACAGCCUGGCACGGUGGUCAGAAUGCAGGGCCUGGCCUACAAUACUGGAGUUAAGGAAAUUCUUAACUUCUUCCAAGGUUAUCAGUAUGCAACCGAGGAUGGACUUGUACACACAAGUGACCAGGCCAGGACUCUACCCAAAGAAUGGGUUUGUAUUUAAGGGUCCCAGCAGUUAGACCAUCCUCAGAAGAGAAGUGUUUGAAAGAUGUGUGAUGACCACAAAACCACCAGACACAAGAAUACUUCUAGCAAUUUUGGGGGAAGUUUGUCUACACUCAGGCUGCAGUAUUUCAGCAAACAUGAUUGGACAGUGGACCUGGCUUAUUUUUGUGCCUUAUUUUGAUGGAGUGAAAAUUUUGAGCCAGCAAAGCCAAAUCCUAAUAUCAGCAUGCCUGGCUCCUUGCUGAUUGCAGAUAGGCAUUUAAAUGUGAACUUGAGAUCAGAUGUCUCUAUUACUUCCAGCUAAUGUGGCAUCAUAGCUAUUCCUAAGCUUAAGUCUUUGAUUAAAAACAGUCUAGUAGUGUGUCUACCACUAACUGUCAUGUAAGUUUUUUCUUAUGUAUUCCCAAUUUUCUGUCUCCCAUUUCUGUACAAUCAUGCCCUUUUGCUGAGUAAAUGAAGCAUAAGGUCCUAGAAUAUUUAAAUCACAAACUUAAGAAAAGGAAUAAAACUAAUAUUUUCCCAACCUCUUAGCUAUCAUAAUGUCUUACAGGCUAAAACACACACACACACACACACACA